UGUUAUCAGAUAGCAGCAUUACCAGCUGUGGCCCUUUUAAGGGCUGUCCGUUUCCGGGCUCCGUAGCACGCCGGGAGCUGUAGUCCUGAUGCUGCCGUCAUGGCGGCAGCGCGGUGGAUGUUGGCGCUGCUCCUCCCGUUGUUCUGGGCCCGGUCCCGGUCCGCGGGCGGUGCUGGCGGUUGGCAGGAGGGCGAUGUGCCGGAGGAGCAGCGCUGCACGGUGGAGAGAACCGACGGCUCCGUGAGUCUGGAGCUGUUCCUGCAGCGGUUCGCCUUCUCCCGGCCCGUCAUCCUCCGAGGGGUCACCGACAACUCGGCUUUCCAGGCGCUCUGCACCCGCCAGAAGCUGCUGGCAGCCUACGGGGAGCGCCCGGUGCGGCUCAGCACGGCCAACACUUAUUCCUACCGCAAAGUCGAUGUCCCCUUCCAGGAGUACGUGGAGCAGCUCCUGAAGCCGCAGGACCCAGCAGCACUGGGCAGCGACACCCUCUAUUUCUUCGGGGACAACAACUUCACCGAGUGGGGAUCCCUCUUCCAGCACUACGUGCCGCCUCCUUUCCGCAUCCCGGGCACCAGCGCAGCCUACAGCUUUGGCAUUGCAGGCUCAGGCUCUGGUGUUCCCUUCCACUGGCACGGCCCCGGUUACUCCGAGGUGAUCUUUGGUAGGAAGCGCUGGUUCCUUUACCCACCCGAUAAAACACCCCACUUCCACCCCAAUGAGACCACGCUGGCCUGGCUGCAGCACACCUACCCCACGCUGCCACCAGAGGAGCAACCACUGGAGUGCACCAUCCGGCCUGGGGAGGUGCUGUAUUUCCCUGACCGCUGGUGGCACGCUACGCUCAACCUGGACACCAGCGUCUUCAUCUCCACCUUCCUGGGGUAGCACCAGGCACCCACGUCCCACUAUAUGUGAGGUCUGCCACCAGCAGCACUGCCUCACCCCACAGCAUCCCAUGGCCUUGGGACCAGGGCAGUGCCAACAGCCGCCCCUCAAACCCUGCUUUUGGGACCAAGCACCUGAACUGUGGUUUUUAACUGGGUUUUUUGCACCCGCUUGGAUUAAACUUGACACACUGAUGUA